CUUUAUGGACGCGAACGUCCAUUUGUACAAUAACACAUGGUUUUUCAAUAUAUAAACGAAGAAACAAAAAAAAAAAUACAAAAUAAAAAGAAGAAAAAUAUAAAAUGUUAGUGCACUUAUAGGCAGUGCCAGUAUAUAAACAUUUUAUUGAGGAAAAGAAGAAAAAAAAAUAAUUUUUUUUCAUCAACGAAAAUUAAAUAUAAAAAAACCUGGAAAAUACUCAUAACAUCGAUGUUCAUCGUUCAAUUCGAUUAGCAUAUAAAUUUAGUUGCUGUUCAAACCGCCUAAUAUUCACAGCGAAUUUAUUGUGGGAAAAUGGAAAAUGGUUUUUUUUUCUUUCGCCAACCGUUUUGUAUGUAAUUAAAACGAAAACGAAAGAAAAAAUGUUGUGUGUGCACUUUCGAAAACAUUUUUGUUUUACGUAAUUUUACUACAUUUUUCCGUGUGUAGUAACUAUGUGUGAACUGAUAAUGAUUACGCGAUAGUAUUUUGGUGGUUAUUAUGUUAUGCAAAUACGAAACAGUUUGUACGGGAGAAAAACAAAUAAAAAAAAAACAUUAACGGUCUAAGUAGUGUAAUGAGUUUAGAAACAGAUUUUUCUUCUUUUUUUUACAUAACCGAAAAAUCAACAAGUUGAGUGUAUUUUCUUCGUUUUUUUUUGUUCAUUCAUACAAUUUGUAAAAUUCGGUGAACGGUGUUUUUCAUUCGAUUUUCGUAUGUAAAACAAAAUGCGGAGUUUUCACAACGAUCUGUGAUAAUACAAUGGAAAGCAAACAAAUCAAAAAUUGGCAGUAGCAGGUAUACGAGUAGUGCUGCUUCAAGUGACAUUAUCGAAGAGGCGAAAUACAACGGCAGAAAAUCACGCUGAGAGACAAGAAAGAACGAAAGAAAAACCUAAUAAUGGGGACGGAAAAAAAGGAUCCGAAGGGUGUUAAUCUACAAAUAGAUGUACCGUCGCGCGGUCCUUCCCCCAUACCGCCGCAAAUAAUAAAAGGUCAUCAGGUUGCGUUGAACCUACCGAAAGCGUUGACUCUGGAAGAGAAAAAAUAUCUUCUUGCUGUGGAGCGCGGUGAUUUGGCGAAUGUUAGAAGAAUGCUCCAACGUGCACACAGACGUCACCAUAUCAAUAUUAAUUGUGUCGACUCAUUGGGUAGAGGAUCGUUAACCAUUGCCAUUGACAGUGAGAAUUUGGAAAUGGUCGAAUUGCUUGUAAUAAUGGGUGUGGAAACAAAAGAUGCAUUGCUGCAGGCUAUUAAUGCUGAGUUUGUGGAAGCGGUUGAGCUUUUAUUGGAACAUGAAGAAUUGAUUCACGUCGAGAAUGAGCCAUAUAGCUGGCAAAAGGUGGAAAUGAACACUAGUAUGUUUACACCAGACAUUACCCCAUUGGUAUUAGCAGCUCAUAGAAAUAAUUAUGAAAUUUUGAAGAUUUUAUUGGACAGAGGGGCGACCAUUCCAAUGCCUCAUGAUAUUAGAUGCGGUUGUGACGAUUGUAUUCGCCUAUCAUCGGAAGACUCUUUAAGACAUUCCCUAAGUCGAGUCAACGAAUACCGGGCCCUGGCAAGUCCGUCCUUAAUCGCAUUGAGUUCGAACGAUCCACUACUGACAGCAUUUCAAUUGUCGUGGGAGCUGCGAAAUCUUGCCUUUUCCGAACAGGAAUGUAAAAGUGAAUACCUAGAUUUGCGGCGACAGUGCCAAAAGUUUGCUGUCGAUCUAUUGGAUCAGUCGAGAAGUUCUCAAGAGUUAGCGAUCAUAUUGAACUACGAUCCGGAGGCGCCACCGUACGAGGAUGGGGAUCAUAUGAAAUUAGCUAGAUUAGAGUUGGCAAUUAACUACAAGCAGAAAAAGUUUGUAGCACAUCCAAACAUUCAACAGUUAUUAGCAUCUAUGUGGUACGAAGGUGUACCCGGAUUUCGUAGAAAACAUUCCAUGGAAAAACUUUUUAUUAUACUGAAAGUGGCAAUACUAUUUCCGUUGCAUUGCCUAAUGUAUAUGAUCGCGCCGAAUGCUAAGCAUGGUGUGAUAAUGAAGAAACCAUUCAUGAAAUUCUUAAUUCACGCCUCGUCAUAUCUCUUCUUUCUGUUUAUCUUAAUACUCGUGUCUCAGCGGGCUGAAGUGCAUCUCAUAAUGUUGUUUGGUACGCAAAGUAUGAAAGACAACUUGGUGGAACAACUUCGGCGACAGCGUGGUAAUGGUCCUACUCAUCUGGAGCUGUUGGUAGUGCUAUACGUGCUUGGAUUUGUUUGGGAAGAGACGCAAGAGAUCUAUCUGGAAGGGAUAAAAAGUUACCUAAGGAACAUGUGGAAUUUCAUAGACUUUUCGCGAAAUUUCCUGUAUUGUUGCGUAAUGCUGCUAAGAACCGUUGCUUACAUACAACAAAACAGAGAAAUCUCUCGUGAUCCAGACACAGUCUACAUUCCUAGAGAAAAUUGGGAUGAUUAUGAUCCUCAGCUGAUAGCAGAAGGACUGUUUGCGGCUGCUAAUAUUUUUUCAGCAUUGAAACUGGUGCACUUAUUCUCAAUCAAUCCACAUUUGGGACCGCUUCAAAUUAGUUUGGGUCGUAUGGUCAUUGAUAUUGUUAAGUUUUUCUUCAUUUAUUCAUUGGUGCUAUUUGCGUUCGCAUGCGGUCUGAACCAGUUGCUAUGGUAUUUCGCCGAUUUGGAGAAACAAAAAUGUUAUGCUCUUCCCGGCGGACUUCCAGACUGGGAAAAUACCAAUGACGCUUGCAUGAAAUGGCGAAGAUUUGGAAAUCUCUUUGAGUCGUCACAAUCGCUGUUCUGGGCCAGCUUCGGAAUGGUCGGAUUGGAGAGCUUCGAACUGCAAGGCAUCAAAUCGUAUACACGAUUUUGGGGUCUGCUUAUGUUCGGAUCGUACAGUGUCAUCAAUGUUAUCGUACUGCUGAAUCUAUUGAUUGCCAUGAUGUCGAACUCCUAUGCAAUGAUCGAUUCAAUGUCCGACACUGAAUGGAAGUUUGCGAGAACAAAGCUGUGGAUGAGUUAUUUUGAAGAUGGUGCAACGCUCCCGCCGCCUUUCAACGUACUACCAUCUGUAAAGUGGAUUACUCGUUGGUUUAGAAAGAAGAAGGACGACAAGCUUCACAGAGGCUCAACGAAGAGACGUAUGGAAGAUCGAGAAAAUCGUUACACCAACGUAAUGCGAUCACUUGUCUGGCGAUAUGUUUCAUCUAUGCACCGUAAAGAUGAAGAGAGCACCGUCACAGAGGAUGACAUCAAUGAGGUUAAGAGCGAUAUAUCAGCGAUGCGUUACGAAAUGUUAGAGAUUUUUGAACGGAAUGGAAUGGACAUAUCCACAGCCGAUAAGAAAGAGAAAGCUCAUCUGGCUAAGAAAAUGAAAGUCUGGGAAAGACGACUGAUGAAAGAUUUCCAUGUGGCUCCAGUUAAUGUUGACGAGGAAGUGGAAGAGAAGAAAGAAGAACGUGGCCUUGCUCGUUUCAAGCGUGUAGCAAAAGAAGUAGUUAGUCAAACGAAUACCCAUAAGUGGGGCGUAGCUGUGAAGGGUGUUGUUGACACGCAGAUUGGUCGGUGUAAUAGUCGUGAAAGUUUCAAUAACCAAGAAAAUCUGCGAAAAGCCAUAGAUGAAGCGAAAAAGCUAGUUAGUCACAGUCCGCUUCCACGUUCCAGUUCAUGUUCACCUGUCGAAUACUCUGAUCCCCAAAGCAGUACACUCCUGCAACUGUUAAAAAACAUUUCCGAAGAGGUGGAUGACCUGAAUCCAAAAGACAGUGUGGCCAUGGCUACGUUGAACAGUACAUUGCAAGAGAUUGCAUUGAGUCGAUCAACAUCGCCGAGUGUACAGCGUGGACCAAUGGGCAACCUGAUAACAGUUAAAUCAAAGUCGACGUCACCACCGAAAGUUAGCAAAGAAAUUUCCACCAAAAAAAGUUUGUCUACAGAAGGACUUAACAGUUCUGGAAACAGUUCCGAAUUACAGAACAGAGGGAAAAAUUCGGAACUUGCAUCUUCACAACCAGACCAGAUGAUGCCGUUGAUUCAGAUAACUUUAACUGAAAGCCAGGAAAAGAAAAAAUUCACCACCGAAACACUGACCACCAACAUCACGAUGCAGCAAGACUGUGAACCGUCAUCAAAGUCCAACAAGAAACGUAGACCACCAUCAGUUCCAAACGACGGAGACAUCUCUAUCUCUCGACCAGUUGCUAUAAAGCCAUCUUCAAAUCAGGGAAUGAUUCCUCCACCACCGACGUCUGUACAAACAUCUGCUGAAAAAAGUGAAUCCCUGACAUCUGACAAUGUGACAACUCCUCAAUAUUCGAUUCCACCCACUUCCACAAUUGUCAGCCAACCAUUAGUUUUGUCAGCGGCCACACUAAGUACAACGAAAGACAGUCGAACAGACCCAGACUCGUCCGGAUAUUCCGAACCAGUAAUGAAAAGUGACUUUGAAUUAACUAAGCAAACUUCACCAUCGUGUUUGAGGCCUUAUCGAAAAGUGGAAGAUGUAACGACUGUGAAGCGUCAACCGAAAAGCGGUUGGCUGUAGAAAUUUGUUGGGUGACCUGACGUGUGCCUUAAUGAUAAACUGUAAAUUUCACAGCGAACUUUUUUUGUUCGUUUUAUUGCUUUUAUUAUGUCAACCCCACUUAAAUUAUGCUAAUAAAGUUCCUCGAUAUUAACA